UUACUAAUUUAUAAAUUAUUAUUGUUGUUUAACCAAUUUCUGUGCUAUUUAGUAUAGGUAUACCAUGUCUACACCAGAAGACAAUGAAAACCCGUUGGAAGAAAAUACAAAUCCAGAAGAAAAAUCUGACACGAUCGAAAGUGACUUGCCCUUGGAAAAACUAUUGAAAUUAUCAAAAUUGUUCAAAACAGGCGUUGAUACCAAUUUGAAUAAAUUUAAGGAAGAAAAAAUGUCUAUGAUCGACGAAAUGUCAAGUAUGAAUUGUACAGUAAUACCCAAUGAGAAACAUAUUGAAGAAAAUAGUUUUACUGAAAAACUAUCACUAAAUAAACACAACAAUGAGGAUUCAGAAGAUUUGUUGUUGGGAAGAAAUUGUAACACACUUAGUAUUUUAGAAGAAAAAUUAAAAAAUGUAUUAGAGUCCUUUAAUGCCCAAAGUAAUAGAAACGAAAUCAAACAAGAUCUGCAGAUUAACAAAGUGGCACGAUAAUAAAUUUGCAUAAAUUACC